AUGAACAACCUACCCUCUUUAUGCUGUAGAAACAGCCAAGGUCUCAGAGCUGUAGCUCGGCCUGUACGCUAUGCUUCAACCUCGGCAACCUCAACGUCAUCGAAGUCUUCCCGUUCCAAGUCGCGCCGCUGGCUAAGCAUCGUCUUCGUGGGCGCAACAGCAGCAGGUGCAGGCGCCUAUAUCCGAUCUCAAAACACAUCAUCCGCAACCUUGAAUCCCGAAACAUUCACCAAAUACAGCCUUGUAUCACGCGAGCCCGUGUCAGCAACCAGCAGCCUUUUCACCCUGCGACCACGCAAACCCAGCGACAGCAACUACGAUGUUUACGAGGAAGCAUGGCAGACAGGGGUCUGGAGUGUGAUGUUCAAACAACCACAAUUACAAAUCGGACGGGAUUACACGCCGUUGCCCACGACGGCGGCGACAUCACUAAGCGUCGACGACGAGAACGAGGGCUGUUUGCGGUUCUUUAUUCGGAAGGAUCCCUUUGGAGAGGUCUCGCGAUACCUUCAUAACAUCGACGUAGGCGCUGACGUCGAGAUGCGUGGACCUAAGAUCGAAUGCGCGAUCCCGAAGGAAACGGAGGAGAUUCUCUUUAUUGCUGGUGGGACGGGGAUUGCGCCGGCUCUGCAGGCUGGGUAUUGUCUUUUGAAUCGCACGCAUACUGAACGUCGGCCGAGGAUCCAUAUCUUGUGGGCGAAUCGGUUGAAGGAUGACUGUGCUGGCGGUCAUAGUGACUCGCUGAAGCCGCAGCCACGCCGGGGCUGGUUCUCUGGGUGGUUUGGCUCGUCAAAGAGUCAGGAAACUACGUUGGAAAAUGCUAGGGAUGUUGUACGAACAGAAGACACUUCUAUUAUUGUGCGAGAGCUAGAGGCGCUCAAGUCCCAGUAUCCCGGGCAGGUCACUGUGGAUUACUAUUUGGACGAGGAAAACACGUUCAUUAAAAAGGAAGAUAUCCGAGGUGCUAUUGCACCAGCGUCAACGAACGACUCUCGCAAGAGCAAGUUGAUUUUGGUUUCCGGUCCUGAGGGAUUCAUCAGCUACAUGGCUGGGCCUAAGCUGUGGGCACAAGGUCAGGAGCUACAGGGCCCCCUAAAAGGAGUCAUUAAGGAACUUGAUCUCAAAGAAUGGGGUGUGUGGAAGCUCUGA